AUCAUACAAUAACCGUGCAUAUAUUCACUGUGAGCAGUGUCUUUUUGGCCGUCGUUUGGUAAAGUCAAGCAUCCAAAUCAGCAAUAAUAAUGCAGAAGUCCUUGAUUAUUGUGUUGGCCGUCUGUCUUUUAAGCGUUCACGCCUUUGUGAAACGCGACGCCCCAGCCGCAGCCGCAGAAACCAACACCAACUACUUAGAGGAUAUUCAGAAGCAGCUGGGAGCCCUGAGCAAGCAGGUCGGUGACAAGCUGAAGGAGACCUUUGACCCUGAAGAGCUUAAAAAAGGACUCAAUGAUGCCGUGAACAGUAUCGGAAAGGCGCUUGAUGACUUAAAGGCGAAGUCUGAAGCUCCGAAAAAAGAUUAAG